CUGGGAAUAUUUACAUGGCCGCUUUUAGUAAUCGGACUUGAGUCUACAGACUGGCAUUAUUAGCAAGCACAAUAACUGUAUCUAUUCUUAAUGCAAUAAAAAUAGUAGAUACUUACUAGAUCUAGAAUCUAGAUACUCUUGUAUUUAAAACUAAAAUCCUUUUAGAAGACUACGAAUCGCGUAUAAUUUGAUGCCGUCCAAACAUUGAAAAUGUGGGCUAAUCCGUAUGGCACAACAUGGUCUAUGCAACAAGCAGACUAUCAGAAUAUACCACACGAGCAAGUGGACUGGGCUGCCUUAGCAAAACAAUGGAUAACUCAGAGAGAAACAGUUGGUCCUCCACCCCCAAUGAUGAUGAUGAUGGGAGGUCCAGACGCAGCCAUGCCACCUCUAGAUGCCCAAGUUGCUGCUCCGCCGCCACCCCCACCUCCACCACCAGAGGAUGAACAAGUUACUGUACACAAACCAAAGAAUGACCAAGAUGAAAAUAGCAUGGACAUAGCUUCAGAUGGAGAAGAUGGCGCCGCUGCUACUGCAGCUGGUACUGGAUCAGUUCCUGCACAGUUUCCUAGCCAGCCUAACUGGGUGCCACAGCAGCAGCCAUCAUGGUGGCCUCCAGGCCCUGCUGGGGAAAUGUGGAUGGGAUCACAGGUAGUGUCCAACAAGGAUGGAUUUAGUGGUGAUAUGACUGGAUUUCCACCUGGUGGUCCAAUGUUUUUUAAUCAGGUAAUGUCUGCACAAGGACUUCCUCCUUUUUUCGCUGGGGCCAUAUUGGGACAGGAGGUGACUGGCAAAGAUGCCAACUUUAUGCAAUACUGGGAUGAGCAAACCGGAGACAGUGACUCAUCACAACCUGCAAUCCUCCCAGAUCCCCCUAUCCGAGUAGCUCACCAUCAUUCACACCAUGCAAAUCAUCGGCCUGGUCGACACAACCAUUUACAAACAGAUCCAGUCUCUGAAGAAGAGGAUGGCAGUAUUGAUGCAGCUAAGAGGAGAGCUCUUCCUGCAUGGAUCAGAGAAGGGCUGGAGAAAAUGGAAAGAGAAAAACAAAAACAAAUGGAAAAAGAGCAAUCAAAGCAACAAAGAGAUGCAAUGUUAAAAGAAAAUGAGAAUAGGGAUUUAAUAAAGAAAAACUCAGGGGAUGACGUCAACCCAAUGAAAAGCAAAUUUGAUUCUGAUGAUGAAGAAGAAGAAAAUGCAAGUAAAAUAGAAGAAAUGAAUGAAGAAAAGGAAGAGAAAGCAAUAUUAAUUCCACAACCUAAAUUAAAAGAGGUUGACACACCAUCAAAAUCACCAGUAGAGAAGCGUUCACCAUCACCUAGCAGUUUUAUGAGUGAGGAAGAAAAGGAAAUGGCAUUGAUGCUUAAAGUGAAGAGAAUGUUGACAGAAACAUUACUGGAAGUUACCAAUGAAGAAAUCAGAGCAGUAGCAACAUCAGUGUAUCAGAGGGCUAGAAAAAAAGCAAUGAAAGCUCCUGCAAAGCAACUUGCCAAUUCCUCGGCUUUGGCCUCUUUGACCUCCCUGGGAUUGGGCUAUGACAGUGAUGCUAGCGAUAACGAGGAAAACGAUGCAGGAGAUGAUGAUGAUACAGAAUCUGAUUCAGACUUGGAGGAAAAGAUCCGCCGUAAGAAAGAAGACUUUGCAAAGAGACGCACCUACAGUGAUGGUGAGGAGGACCCCCGAGGGGGCAGAGUUGAUACACCAGACCGAUCCAAGUCUAAACAAGAGCUUUCUUCAGGAAAAUCAUCCAAAAAGGCAGAUGAGGAUCGCAAUAAGCGCCAUAGUGAUAGGGCUGAUCAUAAAAACGUUAAGACGGACAGACAAAACAGUGACUCUAAAUCAGGCAAAGUUAAAAGAGAUGACUCAGUAGACAAUGAUUCCAAAAGUGAAGUGGCUAGGUCCAAAAAAUCUAGUGAGCAUCGAGUUAGUGGUGAUUCAAGUGAUGAUAGAGAUAAGAGAAAAAAUAAAAGGGAGAAGGUAAAGAGUAAAGAUAUUAAAGAAGAAAAAGAUAGCAAAGUUAGAAAAAAUAGUUCAGAAACUAAAAAAGAAAGAACUGUAAAUAAACAUGAAGUGAUAAAAACUGCUGAUAGUAAAGGGAAAGCCAAUAGCUCUAGCAAUAAAAAUAAAAUUCAAUCUAAAAGUAGGGAGAAGUCAAGUAGCGAGGAUUCCUCUUCUUCCGAUUCAGAAUCAUCUAGUAGCAGCAGCAGUAGUGAUAAUGAAGAAGAAAAUGGUGAUGAGAGUAGUUCAGAAUCAUCCUCAUCUUCAUCAUCUUAUUCUUCCUCAUCAUCAUCUUCUUCUUCAGUAGAAAAUAAAAAUACACCCGCCAAAAAAGAUUUAAAAAUAAAAGAUGUUAAGAAAAAAUCCAGUUCUUCUAGGUUAAAGGAGGAAGAGAAUAUUCCUAAAGAUGUAAAAAGUAGUCCUGACAAAAGGUUAGUUGAUGAAAGUGUAGUAGAGAAAAAGGCAAAGAAAAAUGAAGAUGCAAAUAGUAAAUCAAAACAGAAAGACAAUGAUUCAGAUAAGUACAGGGAGAGGAAGAAAAAAAGGAAACGUAGUGUUAGCGUAGAGAAAAGACAUGUUAGAGAAAAAGAAAGUAGCAGGAGAGAUAGAAGUGAAGAUAGGUGGAGCAGGGAAAGAGAUAGGCGUAGUGUCAGUCGUAGUCGAAAUAGAAGAAGCCCAUCUUACGACCGAGACAAAUACCACGACAGAAACAGAGACUACUCUGAUGAUGACAGAGACCGUGACAGACAUAGAGACCAGGGCAAAUCUAGAAAAAAGAGAAGUGUAAGUAGGGAUGAUUACCCUAGACGGGAGAGGAGUAGAGAUAAAGAGCGAUCCUCACGCCGCAGUACAGUUGAUGAAAGUCACAGGUCUUCAAAGUCUAGCAAGAGAAAGCUGUCCAGAUCUUCCUCUGGGAGUGAUAGGGAUUCCCGACGGAAGAAGAAAGAGCUUCCGUCAAAGGAGAAGAGGCACAAAGAAAAGAGUCACAGAAGCAGAGAUGAGUAUGAAGAGGGGGGAGAUGAGGAUAAUUAUAAGGAGAGAAGGGAUCGCGGUAAGACAUCCAAGGGAAAACGCAACGUUAGAUCUCGAUCAAGGUAUGCAAGCCCUUCAUUAUAACCUAAAUUAGGCUGAUUUACUCUUUCACACUUGUCAGAGGACAUCUGACCAGGUGGUGAACCUAUGGUAUCACUUUUAAUCUUACAGGUCAAGUGGUCAGCAUCUUUGCAUCCUAAUUUUCAACUUACUUUUAGUUGUACUCCUACAGUUUGUAUCCUAAUUACAUCAUUUUAACUGUUGUUAUAAAAGAUAAACAAAUUCAUUCAAGUAUUUUUUUUAUAUAUACUUCUUAAUGCAAAAAAGCUUUUUAACAGUUCCCCAUAGCUAUUUUUUGUUCUGGACCUACCAGAGUGCAGUCAUUCCUUCCACGAUGUGGCUUUUAACAUAAGUGACAAUUUUUCUGAGCAAUUUUUUUCUUUUCUUUUCAGAUCAUCAUCAAGGAGGAGAUAAAAGAAAUGUGUGAGCUGUUACAUGUUGUGUAGAUUGUCAUAGUUUGUUUAUACAAAUCAUUACAAUAUUUUGUAUGUUUGCAAUUCAAUGUAUAAUAGGUUUAUUUUGAUGCAUUAAAAUUUUAGACCCUCUC